AUGGCGGCGAAUCCUGACAAGAAAAGAAAGCGGGCUCCGGCUCCGAAAUCGGAAGGGGGAAAAUCAAACCUUAAAAAACCAAAAGUAAUUGGAAGUAAUAAUCUGAUUAAAGGUUCAAAAAGGCCCUUUAAAUCACCCGGAAAAGAACAUUUACGGCGUGCAGGAAAGCCUAAGGUGCAGAAAGGUGAUGUGGACGAUAAGAAACUGCGUCGUUUACAAGCAAAGGAACUAGCUGAAGCUAGGAAAAAGAAGAGGAAGAAACAUUACACACUGGAGCAAGAACUUGCCUCACUUUGGGAGAAGAUGAGAGUUCGAGAUAUUAAAAAAGAAGAUAGAUCCAAGCAUGUGAGUGAAGCACUCAAGAAGAUGAAGGGGAAGAUCCCUGAAAUUGCAAGCUCCCACGUUUCAUCUCGUGUUCUUCAGACUUGUGUCAAACACUGUACACAAGAUGAAAGAAAAGCUGUGUUUACGGAGCUCCGGCCCCACUUUAUUUCCCUCGUCAGCAAUACUUAUGCAGUUCAUCUAGUUACAAAGAUGUUAGAUAAUGCAUCCAAAGAACAGGUGGCAGAGUUUAUCUCCUCCCUCCAUGGGCAUGUUGCUUCUCUUCUUCGACAAAUGGUCGGUUCACUUGUUAUUGAACAUGCUUAUAGUUUGGGGAGUGCAACACAGAAGCAAGCUCUUUUGAUGGAGCUAUAUUCGCCCGAACUUCAAUUAUUUAAGGAUUUGGUCACGAUACAGGAGACCAGGUUAGUAGAUGUAAUAUCUAAGCUACAAUUACAAAAAUCGUCAGUAUUACGCCACAUGAGCUCUGUUCUUCAACCAAUUCUUGAGAAAGGGAUAUUAGACCAUUCCAUUGUACACAGAGCAUUAAUGGAGUAUUUAACAGUUGCUGACGGGUCUUCUGCUGCAGAUGUAAUCCAGCACUUGUCAGGUUCAGGUCUUGUGCGGGUGAUUCACACCAAGGAUGGAUCCAGACUUGGUAGUCUCUGUGUCAAGCAUGGGAAUGCCAAGGAGCGGAAGAAAAUUAUUAAAGGCAUGAAAGGCCAUAUUGACAAAAUAGCUCAUGAUAGAUAUGGAAGUAUGGUCCUUGUCUGCAUUCUUUCGAUUGUUGAUGACACAAAACUUAUAUCAAAGAUCAUCCUUAAAGAACUCCAAGGAAAUUUAAAGGAGCUUAUUUUAGAUCAGAACGCAAGACGUCCUUUCCUGCAGCUACUCCAUCCAAAUUAUCCUCGAUAUCUCAGUCCAGACGAUUUGACUUCCAUGAGUUUAUCUAUUCCAUCUAUCAGAAAUAAGGGUGAAUCAGAUGCGAACUUUAAGGGUGAUGAAGCUAUUGAAGAGGAUAGAAACGGUGAAGGCGAAACCUCCGAUACAAGUAUUCAUCUAAAUGAUGGUGGUAAGAAGGAUUCUUUUACACGAAGGCAGGAGUUGUUAGUUAAUAGUGGGCUUGCUGAGAAACUCAUUGAUGCAUGCCAUGAAAUUGCAGGAGAGUUACUGAGGUCUAAAUUUGGGAAAGAAAUCAUAUAUGAGGUUGCUACUGGAGGAGCUGAUGGUAUACUCCAUCCAACUUUGGAUGAAAAGUUAGCCACUCUGCAUGAAGCUAUAGUUUCACUCGCUAUGCAGCCUAAGCAGGAUGAUGCAGAAGAGGAGCAUAUUCUCGAACAGUUCCAUUCGAGCAGGACUAUUAGAAAACUUGUUCUUGACUGUCCUGCUUUUGCUUUGACCCUGUGGGAAAAAGCUCUAAAAGGAAAAUGUGCAACCUGGGUCAAAGGACAUAGUUCCAAGGUCGUUAGCGCAUUCGUGGAAACCUCGGAUUCCAAGGUAAAAGAGCUGGCAAACAAAGAGUUGCAGCCCUUCAUAGACAGUGGUCUUCUCAGAUUACCAGUAGCAGACGAGUCGAUAAGAAAUGAAUAA